CAGCUCCACCUGCCAGCUGCUAAAAUUUGUCAAUUGAAGAAAAUGCAAAAAUGCCUCCCGUGGCGAGAAAUAAAUUGAUUAAUUAAAUUAACUAAAAGUUAAGCAACUAAUUCCCAUUCGAAGCGCGAUGGAGAAGCGACAGAGGGAGUUGGAGGCACUGGUCUCCACGCAGAAAGAGCAACUGGGUCGCUAUGAGAAGAGACUUAAAGACGUGGUCACUGCUUACAAGGGACUGCUGAAGGAGAAAGAGGCGCUUGAGACGAGUCUGGCGGCACACGCAGAAGCCACGGCGGUAGGCGAAUCCGGAUCUCCGGCAAGGGAGGUGGAGUCCCAAAACACCAGCACAGAUUCUCCAGACGGAGGGAGUGAGGGAGCAGCAGUUCCACUUGCUGUCCCCGUGGACGGUCAACUUCAAACGCAAAUUAUCACUCUAAUGAACUCACUGGCAACUCUUUCCGCCGAGAAAUCCCGAAUGGAAGCAUCCUUUCAAGCAGACAAGAAGCAACUGCGCAACCAAAUCGCUCAAAAGGAGCAAUCAAUUCAAGAGCUUAAUGUGCGAGCCAAGGAGCAGGCUGCGCGGGCUAAAGCGGACGUUGAUGAGGUGAAAGCGAAGUGGAUUGUGGAGCGGCAAGAGCGUGAGAAGGAGACCAACAAUCAGAUGCUCAUGAUCCGUGAGUUGCAGAAGCUUUAUGCAGACGAGCGCCACUUAAAAGACAAUAUCGAGAUGCAGUUGAACAAUUUUAAGACUCAAUUCGCCAGCAAUGAGGCGGAAAACAGCAGACUGCGAGAACUGCAAUCCCAACUGAAGGAGGCCCGUUCUCAACUAAAACAAUUCCAGACCAAGGCAGAACAGUCUGCGGCUGCGACAGCAAGUGCGGAUAGCGCGGCUCUCCUUCAUCAAGUUCGUCUAGAGAUGCAACAACUGAAGGAACAGCAUGCAGUUGCCAUUCGCCAGGAACAACGACGUGUACUGCGAGCGGAGGAUCAGAGUCGCAAACAGGCUGCUCUGCACGAAGAUCGUGUGGCCAGUCUAGAGGCACGCUUAGCGGAGCUUAGCACUACCGUAGGAAGCUACGAUCGUCUGCGUCAGCAAGAUCAGGACAGUAUUCAUGACUUAAAACAACAGUUACAAGAUUUAGAGCAGGCACAUGUGCGUCCCACAUCUAAUUUGAAAGCUUUAAAUGAAGAUGUUGACGUGGCCACCCUUGUAGACGAAAUGGUACGUCUGAAAAAACUGCUCACCAAUGCCAAUGCCCGUUCCGCCAACCCCCUGGAUCUUGGGGAAAUAUUUUCCCUAAGCGGCCAAACAACAACGCGAGUAGAAAGCCACUCUCAUUGCGAGCAACAGCUCCAGGGAGCCCAGCAAAUGCUAGAGGCUGCCAAGCAACAGCGACAAUUACUCGAACAGAAGGUGCAACUGCAGCACUCGCACAUCCAGACACUUCAAGAGAAAGUGCAGGUACUUAAUCGCAACAUCGACGAGGCGGAAAUUGACCUGAAACAGCAGGGCGAGAAGUUACGCCUUGCCUUAAAGAGUGAAAGAACGAAAUGGCAGGAGGCCAAAGCAGAACUGGAGAACGAGACACGCUGUAAACUGAACGAGCUGGAGCAGCUUUUACAGAAACAGCGCCAGAGAUCGCUGCAGCUUCUUGAUGAGAAGGAGCAGGAGAUCAAGACACUCCAAACAUCUUUCGAGGUCUUUCACUCUGCCAGCGGUGUAGGCAGCACUCUAGCGACUCCCUCACUAGAAGCAACAGCGGAAUCGUAUAAUUAUUCAUCUGACGCCGACAGUGUCGAGGUGGAGGGCGAGCAGAGGGAGCGAAAGCUGAAAGUACGCUCUAAGAAGAUGUCGUUGGGCGACAACUGUCACAUGCUGCACUACGCCAACGAGUUGGCUCGAAAAGACAUCGAGAUCACCACCCUUCGCAAGGCCAAGUAUGCCGCAGAGUCCACCCUGAGGAAGGCAAUCCAGGACAAAGUCACUUCUCAACAGGAAAUGCACGAGAAGAUCGAAUGUCUCGAAGAACAAGUGGAUAGACUCGAACGCUGCAAAACGCGAGAGGGCGCGAAUUUGGAGUACCUGAAGAACGUGAUCAUCAGCUACAUAGUUACCAGGGACGCAGACGGCAAGCGUCACAUGCUGAACGCUAUCUCAGCAGUACUUCAGUUCACCACCGCAGAGAUGCAGGCGAUCAAUGCGUCAUUCCAAAAAAAAUAACAUUCGUAUUUUGUUUAACAAUCAUGUGCAACAUAUUUAAAUCCUUAAAAUCAGAUCUUAAAAUCAUUACUAACUAAA